CUGACCGUGGUGUUGAAAGGAAGUGCUGCGAGGCUACAUCCAUGGGCUAACCUCACUAUCCAACUCUCAGUCUUCUCUACCAAAAAACAACAAGUAGUGUGGUGGAGUGAGCGUAUCGCUCACUUUUAGCUAAGUGUCAGUUACUUAAUCUUGCCGGUUGAUUGUCUUGUUGAAAGCUAGCAAUGUGACGCUAACGUUACAUUUCCUAACGUUAAUAUAACGUCAUUUCCCUUUCUGUGUCAAGAGGCACUGCUUAAGUGGUAAACCCUAGCUAGCUAGCACAACUGUCAACAAUCCAAAACUUGUUUUUCCGUCUGAGGUGCGUGUAGAUUAGCUACACCGGUAGCCGGUUGAUUUACCGAGGUUGACGUUAAUUUACGCCAAAAUUAAAGUAGCAGGCAGGCGGGGGGUGGAGGGGGGGAAGAAUUGUCCUCAGUAGAGCAUUAACGUUACGCUAGCAGGCCAACACGCGGCCAAGCUCCGGUUUGCGAACUUAUUUAUUCAGCCUUCAUCCGAACACAAAAGCCCGUGAGAUUGUGCCUGCGGGUCUGCGUGAACUCUGCCCACCGUCCCAUGUCCUCUGCGUGGAUGGGAGAUAGUUAGCCGGUGGAGCCGAAGAGGUAACCAGCCAGCAGAUCUGUUAAACAUGGAGGAUGAAGAGGUUGCAGAGAGCUGGGAAGAGGCAGCGGACAGCGGGGAAAUAGAGAGAAGGCUUGAGGCUAAACUGAAAAUAAACCAGGAGGCAAAGAAGUCCAGCUUGGGUUCAGGUGGCUCACCUGUUCGAACUGCUAUUGUAAUCCAGGAUGACUCUCUGCCUGCAGCACCCCCACCACAAAUUCGAAUUUUGAAACGUCCUUCAAAUAACGGUACUGCAGGAAACCUUGCAUCCUCGACCCGUCCCUCGCAGCAGAUGAAGUCUUUGGCCCAGCGGGAGGCAGAGUACGCGGAGGCCCGAAGAAGGAUCUUGGGUAGUGCGUCUUCAGAUGAUACGCCUCAGGACAAUCCAUGUCAGGACAGGCCAGCUCGUAUGAGCGUGCAGCAACCAUCAGAACCAGUUCGUCCAAACAAUAAUGUGAUCCGCCAGCCCACUGGUCCAGAUGGCACCUCAGGCUUCCGACUCUGCAGAUAAGCAGGAGCUACCUGCUGCAGGGAGUCAGCUGCCUCCCCGAGAGGGCAUAAAGGGUGGCAGUUAAGGGGGUUGUGUGUGGUAUAAAGAGCAGAGUGGUGGGAUGACACAAAAUUUGACAGACUUUAGAAAUAUGAUGACGUAGCAUGGAUUGAAAUGAACUUCUCCACCCUCUCUCUACUCUGCUUAUUGGCAUGGUCUUUGCCUUUCACCUUGUCUUUUCCCUCUGUGGAACGCUGCAAGGGGCUGGCAGAGAUCAGCCAAAGAUCUGAAACCCCUUCUGUUCCACACUGUGAACAGGCUUUUGCCUCACAUCCCUACACACUGUGAUACUUUGAUGUACCAUGAGGUGCCCUAUGAUUUUAAGCAUGAUUGGCCGCCCGUGUGCCAGGGCAUCAGGUGUCUGUCUCUUCAGGGAGAAUAAGGAGAGCUCGUAAAUCUGGGAAUUCCCCGGAGAGGUACAAGCGAACAAGCUGGCCUUUCCACUGAUGGAGCUUGGAUCAUGGCUGGGUGUCCACCGGGAAGCUGGCCUCAGUUUGUUGGGUUCAGUGGAAAUUAGGUGCUUGACAGUGCUGGGAUUUUACUGUGUGUUCAGCAUCUUAAGUGCAAGGUGAGAGAACGUCACACUGAUCCAACACUAGUGUAAAAGUGCACUGUACUUAAAGUGCGUUUUAAUACUGUAGUUGCAUAGCAAUGGCAGAGGCCCAGCCAGCACUUUACACAGUCCACAGGCCUCGGUUUGGCAGUGGUGGCUAUGAAUUACAUGCCUGGUGGGCACGCAGCCUGUGGCCAAAGAUUAUAGAUCGGAAGGACAGAAUGUCACUAAAUCUAAGUUUAUUCAAGCAAUAAAGAUGAAUUUACUCCCUGGAUUAUUUUUUAUAUAUUGCCUAAUUACCGGUGCUGUGUUUUGUUUUAAAUUAGCUUUUGUUUCAAACCGCUGAUAUUGUUUCUUCAUGUUUGUGGGUUGUUUUGCCGAGACAUAGUAUGUUUAAGUAAGGAGAUCAGUAGUGUAUCAGAGAUUAGAUGAUGUAGCCUGCAUAGGAAACUUUAUUGGUAGUGUCAUAUAAAAUUUUAUCAAAGUGGAAAAAGUCAGACCUAUUCAUGAAUGGAAAAUCUUACGUUAUCGUGCAUAAAUUUCCAUGUGUGUGUUGCCUUGCUGUUUCUAAUCAGAAUGGCUAAAUUGGAACGUCUUUUACGGCCAACUGCACUGCAUCUGCCUAGGAUGGAGGACUUUGAACUGUUUUGGCACCAGUUGAAGUAGUACAUUGACUGAUUGCGUUAAGAUCUUUGGUCUUCAGAAAAAAACAAUUUGAUGCUCAGCAUGGAGGAUGAUACAGCCACAUGAUAAUUGCGUUAAUUUUGAAAAGGGUCAGGGAAAUUUGUGGUGAAAACUACAUAAAUGAUCACAAAAAGAUUAGAAAUCUCAUCUUUUGUGUCCUUUAGAACGAAGCCAAAUUCCGCUGCCUGGUUUGAUGAAUGUCUUUCAUUGGGUGUUUUUCCGCACAAAACGGACUUUGCACCAUUGUUUGCCACUGAUUGAAAAUAAAAGUUUGCAAACCAUGAAAUCAAUAAUCUCAUCAAAUACUGAUGAGUUACCAGUACUGACGAUUUUUGAGCCCUUUGACACUUGUAUGCCUUAAAUGACAAAUGAUCCCUGGUUACAUACAUACACUUUCCAAUGGGUAGUGCUUGGUAAUCUUAAGCUUUUUGGCCCUAGUGAUAGGUUAAUUAUUUUAUUGAAAAUCACACUCAGUAAGGGUGCAAUAAUGUUUUUCUUACCGAAGGGUUCCGUGACUGCUUUGACCGUAAUUUAUCCAAAUAUUUUCCAGUGUCAGUAAAACCAUUGAUUGGAAAUAUUCACAAGGAAAGUGAUGGAUUUAAAGUAUGAUUAAUGGUAAAUUAAACAACUUGCUUCUACACUUACAGCAUACUUAUACAGUAAAUAUGGCUUAAACUAAUAUAAGUUGUCCAUUGCAGCUCCAACAUCACUAUUAUUGUUAUAUACAUGGUUUACUUUAUAUAGUAUUACCAAAGGAUCAGCUUCAAUGAUUGAAAUAAAAUAGAUUUGUAAUCAUUUUAAAUUGAUAAUUAAAAGCAAAAGCCCAUCCCGUAUGUGAUCCACACACAUGAAGCUUUGUUUCAGUCAUUCACAGCCACUUGCUACUUUGAGGCUGUUUUGAUGUCAUUGUUAUUUUUUGAAACUUGAAAAACAAAUGAAAUUUGAAUACCCUUUAAUAAACACACUUCAAACUUG